AUGGGAACCCGGGCGCUUUCCCAUGACAGUAUUUUUAUCCCUGAUGGGGGAGCAGAAAGUGAGCAGACAGUUCAAGCAAUGUCACAGGACAACAUCCUGGGCAAAGUCAAAACUCUUCAGCGACAAUUGGGCAAGAAUAUCAAGUUUGGGCAGCGGCCACCCAAUGCCAUUCCCAUGAAGAAGGCAGGCAGUGGAGAGGCCAGCUCAGAAGAGGACCUGUUCCUGGCCAGUCCCAUGGAAAUUGUGGCUCAGCAGGACAUCAUCCUCUCAGACGCUGAGAACAAAUCCAGUGAUACGCCAAGUUCUCCGAGUCCUCUGAAUCUCCCUGGAGCUGGAAGUGAGAUGGAAGAGAAGGUUGCUCCAGUUAAACCGUCUCGGCCAAAAAGACACUUCUCUUCUGCUGGCACCAUUGAAAGUGUCAACCUCGAUGCCAUCCCCCCGGCCAUGGCUCGCCUGGACAACAGUGCUGCCAAGCACAAACUGUCUGUUAAGCCAAAAAACCAGAGGGUGUCAAAGAAGCACAGGCGGCUUGCCCGGGAUCGACAAAAUGAACCAGGUGGCCUUGACAGGCAGCCUUCCCUGGAUCAAAAUGGACACCCAGGAGAAGACAAGCACAUGUGGCUUGAAGAGGAACCGGAGCCGCUGGAUUCUGAGGAAGAGAAGAGACACCAAGAAGACUACUGGCGAGAACUAGAGGCCAAGUGCAAGAGGCAAAAGGCAGAAGCAGCAGAGAAGAGACGCCUGGAAGAGCAGAGGCAGCAGGCCCUGGAGAGGAGGCUGUGGGAAGAGAACAGAAGGCAGGAGCUCUUGGAGGAGGAAGGUGAUGAAGAGGGGGGCGAAGAGGAGGAACUCCAGAUAGAAGUGGAAAAGGAAAGGGGGCCUGGGGAACGGCUGCAGCGGGGCCCAGAAGAGCAAGGUUGCCGAGAACAAGAGCAGAGGGAGCCCGAGGAUGCAGAGCGCCUGGAGGCUGAGGAACGGAGUUCCCUGCAGGAAGAGGCCCAGCGGCUGGAAGAGCUGAGGCAGCGCGUGGCCGAGAGGCAGCGUGAGGCCGAGAGGCAGAGGCAGGAAGAAGAAAAGGAGUUGAAGGAACUCCGAAGGCUGGAGGCCCAGCGGCAGGAGGAGGAGGCCAGAAGGCUGGAGGAGCAGAGGCAGCGGGAGGAGCUGGAGGCUCAGAGAAGGCGGGAGCAGGAGGAAAAGAAACGACUGGAGGAGCUCAGACAGCAGCAAGAGGAAGAGAAGCGAGGGCAAGAGUUGAUACAGCAGGAGGAAAUGGAGGCUCCUGGGCCACAGGAGGCCCCGAAGGAGCUUCCUCCGGAGGAAGAGAGGCAGCCGCAGCUAGAGGCCCGCAGAAGCCCGCUGAGCGCCCUGCAGAAUGACUUUGAAGAGAAGCCAGAGGAUGGAGAAGACCUAGAACUCAAAAGGCAACGAGAAAGCUCUGAGCAGGAGCAGAAGCAAGAGGCGGAGCAGACAACAGAGCAGCCUGGGAAGAGGGGCGACUUUCGAGAGGAUGAUCAUCGCGUCGUGGAGGACCGGAGAGAAUCAGCCAAAAUGGACCCUCCCCAGCAGCAAGAGGAGCAGAAGGAAGAAACGCUGCCCCUGGGGGAGAAGAACGAAGCCUCCACUCCAGAAAAGGAGAGAAAGGUGGAGGAGCUCAGGUGGCAGGAGGUGGAUGAGAGGCAGACCAUGCCCAGGCCCUACACGUUCCAGGUGUCCUCCGGAGGGAGACAGAUUCUCUUCCCCAAGGUCAAUCUGACCCCCGUGACCCCCGCCAAGGACGCGGGACCCAGCCCUGCUGCGCAGGAACCCAAGGCCCCCAGAGCCAGCGCGGCCUCGCACGCCCUGCCCUCCACCCUGAGCAUCCCCCAUACCGCCAUCCUGGUCACUGGAGCUCAGCUCUGCGGCCCCGCCGUCAACCUGAACCAGAUCAAGGACACGGCCUGCAAGUCCCUUCUGGGCCUGUCGGAAGAGAAGAGGCACAUGGACGUCCCUACUGUGGAGCAGCCCGUCCGCGCUCCGGGCGAGCCCCGGGGAGGCGGCGGGAAAGCCAGGCCUCCGCAGGAGACCCAAAGCAGCGUGACGGCACUGGCCGAGUGGGCCUCCAUUCGGUCCAGGAUCCUGAAGAACGCCGACAGCGAGCCGCGCGGCGACAGAGAGCCGGCGAGGCCAGCGGAGGAGCCCCCUCCCAGGGCCCGAUCUGACUCCCGCGGGAACCUCCGCAAGACCCCGCCCGUGAACGCCAAGUUCUCCAUAAUGCCCGCCUGGCAGAAAUUCGCAGACGGUGGCACCGAGACCUCCAAACAGAAUACGGAGGCAGAGAGCAUUAGAAAAAGACCCGGGCCCGGCGAAGAGACAGCGCCCCCGCCCUCGCCUGCUAGUACCCAGGAGUCCCGGAAGGGUCCAGAGAAGCCAGAGGUGCGCCACGAGCCAGCAGACACCACCGAGGGGUGCAAAUUUGCCAAAGACCUUCCAUCUUUCCUUGUUCCAAGCCUGCCUUCCCCUCCGCAGAAAGCGGUCCACACGGAAUCCACAAGCACGGCGCACAGCGAGGCCACAAGUGGUGUAGCCAAGCCAGACCCCGGGAUGCCAGGUGCAGAGGAAAAAGCUUCACCUUUUGGAAUAAAGCUGAGAAGGACCAACUAUUCCUUGCGCUUCCACUGCGACCAACAAGCGGAACAAAAGAAGAAAAAGAGGCACAGCAGCACGAGUGACAGUGGCGAUGGGGGGCCUCCUGCCGGGGCCAGCGCCAAUGCAGACAAAGAGACAGAGGGUGUAGCCCCCAAGCCUGGCCCAUCCCUCCCCCAGGAAAGGAAGCAAGUCCUAGCCCCUCGAAGGGACUCUGCUGAAAUCUCUUCCAGCCACUCUCCUCCUACAGCCCAGCCUGGACCCCCACCGUCCAGCAGCCAGGCCCCAGCUCCAGAGCACGACAAGGGAGCAAACAAGAUGCCAUUAGGGCAGAAACCAGCACUGGCUCCCAAGCCUGCCAGCCAGACCCCGCCGCCAUCUCCGCUCUCCAAACUAAGUAGGCCCUACCUGGUAGAGCUGCUGGCUCGCAGAGCUGGGAAGCCAGACUCUGAGCCCAGCGAGCUGUCCAGAGAGGGCCAGGAGAGCCGUGGUACCCAGCCACCAUCACCACCACCUCCAGAGGAAAGGAAGGGACAGAAGAGGGAAGAGGAUGAGGAAGAGGUGCUGGAGAAGAAACCUUCUUCCCCACCUCUGUCUACCACUCUACUAGAGAGGUCUUCCCAAACGCCUGAGGCAGGGAGGAAAGAGAAGCCGGUGCUUCAGAGUAGGCAUUCUUUAGAUGGCUCCAAAAUUACAGAGAAAGUUGAAACUGCCCAGCCACUGUGGAUAACGUUAGCACUACAAAAGCAAAAGGGGUUUCGUGAGCAGCAAGCAACCCGAGAGGAGAGAAAGCAAGCCCGAGAAGCCAAACAGGCAGAAAAGCUCUCCAAAGAAAACGUCAGUGUGAGCCCGCAGCCUGGAAGCGGCAGUGUCAGCAGAGCAGGUUCCCUGCACAAAUCCACAGCUCAGCCAGAAGAGAAGAAGCCUGAGACUGCAGUGUCCAGGCUCGAGCGCAGAGAACAACUGAAAAAGGCCAACACUCUCCCUACGUCUGUGACAGUGGAGAUCUCAGACUCAGCUCCCCCAGCACCACUAGUGAAAGAAGUCACCAAGAGAUUCUCCACCCCAGAUGCUGCCCCUGUGUCCACGGAGCCAGCCUGGCUGGCUUUGGCCAAAAGAAAAGCGAAGGCCUGGAGCGACUGUCCACAGAUUAUUAAGUAA